AGUUGAAGUUGGACGUUUAACAACUGAGCCACCAAGGUGCCCCAUAAGUCCUUUUGUUUAAAUCCAAACAAGAACCCUAUGAGGACUCCAUUUUACUGAUGAGGAACCUAAGGCACAGAGAUAUUUAGUAAUCUGUCCAGGGUCACACGAGUACUAGAACCAAGAUUUGAAUGUAAGUAUUUGGUUCCCAGUGUUCUAACCACUACCAUAUGCUGGCUCCUAAUGGUGAGUUCCAGAACAGAGGGAGACCCUGAACUGUGGGGCGCCAUUCAGAUGCAGAGAACUUGGAAGAAAGAUUCCAUUUACACUACAGAAUGCAAGAUCUCUGCUGUCCUUGGAAGGGGUGGAGCAGAGGCCAUCCCAGGGCCCGUAAGAGCCUCUUUGCUUCAUGGGAGCUCUACUGUUCCCACUCCCGCAGCUGCACUGCCCUCCCCUGGUUCCUUUGGUUUCUGGAGACUAAUCUGCGAUUAUUCUGGCCCCAGAUAUCUGCUUCCUGGUGAGAAGGCUCAACCUCGGCCCUGAGAUCACAUCUCUAGGUGUCUGCCCAACUAAUGGGCCCUACCCUUCCUGUGCCCCUAAUCCCCUGGAUACUCCAGGAGAAUGUCACUGGAGUUUCUCUUUGCCCCACGUUCUCCUGAGAAGGCCUUGUUUCCGCACUUCCCUGGGCACUUUGUGUCUGAGGCUAGACCACUAAGAGGCUAAUAGAAAGGGACCUGGGGUGCAGGAGCUAAAAAGUUACUCCUCUUAAGACUUUCUUGGGCUCUUCAGUACCUUAGGAGAAGGUGACAGGCUUGUGCCUUCCAUCGUCCCUCCUCCUCGGGCCUCACACAGAUGCCCCUGGGAGCUGUGCUUAGUGAGCUUCAAAACUCUGAGCUGGAAAAAAGAUGACAAGGCCCCUUCAGGGGUUGUGGAGAGGCCUCACUGAAGAACAGGGUGACUCUCGAGGCAGAGGGAAGGAAUGCUGUCCCUUGGCAUUUUCCUACGUCUGUGGACUCAGGUCUAGUUUUAGUCCUGUGCGUUUGAUGGUGUCCUGGCUGUAGCGGGAGGCUCUGGAGCAGGGACAAGGAACAGCCGGAUUUCCCCCCAGUUGUCCUAGUGGAGGGAGACCUUGGCAGAGAGAGAAAGGGGGUGGUUCUCCUCAUGGAGGUCACGUAUUCCCUGGUGCAGUCUGGGUGAGUCACUGUCCUUCGUGCAUUUAGUGUUGUCACCUAUACAACAAAAGGCUGGAGCUCUUUGUUUCCGAAACACCGCUCCACUUAGAAUUUUCAUGAUUGUGUUGACAGGGGAAAAUUCUUAUAGAGACUUUUAUUGUUAGCAUUGUUGUACUUACAAAAUUCAGAUCAGUCUACUCAGGGCGCAUGCCUGAAUCCUAUAAGGUAGAUACAUGACGAUAAUUCAUUUUGGAGGUAAUAUCGUUAGGGGCUAAGAUCACCAGAUAGAAUGAAUGACCCCACUUCUGUCCCAAGACUUGACUAGAUGGUGUGGUGUGGGUGCCUGUGUCCUUGAUGGCAGGAAUAAGGGUAGAUAAAGCCGGAGGCUGAACACCCACUUUCCCCUACAGGUUCUACAUAAUCCAUCCGAGCCUUCUCCAAGGGCUCAGAUUUCAGCCUCCUUAAUAAGCCCUUCCUCUAGCAACUUCAGGGCUUUGAGGAACUUUGAAAAAGCUCUUUCUGCAGACAGGGGUUUGGGAAUCCAUAUGCAGUAAAGUCUCCCUUCCAAACUGGUCUCUAGGUGUGACAGGUGGCUCCUGAAACUGGGUGGCUGGUGCACCUGACAGCACCCCGCUUAGCGGGAAAGUCACAGCCGUAGCUGCAGAGAACACAGGGCAGUGUUGAUCAGAAUCCUCAUGCCCAUUUCCAUCAUCUAAAAUGUGUGAAGUGUGGCCUUGGAAACUGUGAACUUUGUUUUGAAACUUUAGAAUCUCCUUUAGCGCUUCUAACCAUAGAAGAAUGGUAAGAUUUGAGGGUAUUUACCUAAACCAAACUGAAGCUAAAGGCAUAAAUUUUACAUAUUUUAUGCCUCUGUUGAUUCUAUUUUUGGUUGGGAUAUGUAACCGUACUUGGGAUGCUGUGGAAUCAUUGGUGCAUAAAAAUGUCAGGUGAGGAGUUCCUAGACCACCAUCUGAGUAACACCCCCCAGUGUCAGGGUGUAACUUGCCAAGUUGUGGACAGGACGGCCAGUGACGGAGAAGUUACUACCUUCUAAGGCAGCAUCCUUUAUUUUGGGACAGUUUAACUAUCAGGAAAUUCAUUCUUAGGCUCGAAUCCCUGGCUUCACAGACUUUUCCCAUUGUUACUAUGUCAUAAUGCUGACAGCGAUGGAUCAUUUUUUUGAGUCCUUACUGUGGGUCAAGUGCUCUGCGUGGGACUUAGUGUAUCACCUCAUUCCAUCUUGGAUCAAGCAUGAAAACAUCGUUGCCCUGGAAGACAUUUACGAAAGCCCAAAUCACUUGUACUUGGUCAUGCAGCUCGUAUCCGGUGGAGAGCUGUUUGAUCGGAUAGUGGAGAAAGGAUUUUACACAGAGAAAGAUGCCAGCACCCUCAUCCGCCAGGUCUUGGAUGCCGUCUACUAUCUCCAUAGAAUGGGCAUUGUCCACAGGGACCUCAAGCCUGAAAACCUCUUGUACUACAGUCAAGACGAGGAAUCGAAAAUAAUGAUCAGUGACUUUGGACUGUCAAAAAUGGAGGGCAAAGGAGAUGUGAUGUCCACAGCCUGUGGCACCCCGGGCUAUGUUGCUCCUGAGGUCCUGGCCCAGAAACCGUACAGCAAAGCUGUGGACUGCUGGUCCAUCGGGGUGAUUGCCUAUAUCUUGCUCUGCGGCUACCCUCCCUUUUACGAUGAAAAUGACUCCAAGCUCUUUGAGCAGAUCCUCAAGGCGGAAUAUGAGUUUGACUCGCCCUAUUGGGACGACAUCUCUGACUCUGCAAAAGAUUUCAUUCGGAAUCUGAUGGAGAAAGAUCCAAAUAAAAGAUACACUUGUGAGCAAGCCGCUCGGCACCCAUGGAUCGCUGGUGACACAGCCCUCAACAAAAACAUCCACGAGUCUGUCAGUGCCCAGAUCCGGAAGAACUUCGCAAAAAGCAAAUGGAGACAAGCAUUUAAUGCCACGGCCGUUGUGAGACAUAUGAGGAAACUCCAUCUCGGCAGCAGCCUGGACAGUUCAAAUGCAAGCGUUUCAAGCAGCCUCAGUUUGGCCAGCCAAAAAGAUUGUCUGGCACCCUCCACGCUCUGUAGUUUCAUUUCUUCUUCAUCCGGGGUCUCAGGAGUGGGGGCGGAGCGGAGACCGAGGCCCGCCACUGUGACCACAGUGCACUCCGGGAGCAAGUGACUGGCUCUGGAGGUGGGGCCCAAGGGCGGGGCCGGGGAAGGGGGCCCCCACCGCCCCCGUGGGGCCGCCAGCGCCACCAGCCGCUCCAGAGUGAUCCCACCUUGCAUGGUGCGCCUUCCUGCACAGGACUGGAAGACAGAAGUUUUUUAUGGCCAUAUUUUAUACUGCAAUUCUGAAGUGUUCGUUUCUCACAAACUGUACUGACUCAAGGGAGCUGACGUGAUAGGAUCUGGUGCUGUACAUACGAAUCUUGCAAAGCUCUGAUAGAACGGACCUCCCUCGUCCUCUCUCCCAACCGUCGUCACUUCUGCUCUUCUAGGUGUGGGGAACCGUCUAUGUUGUAUUUUUUCAUUAAUGACAAAAAAGGUUUCAACUGGAUUAUUUAAGUCUUGGUAAAUAUUGCGCAUUAGGGUUUUAUUUUUUACCCUUUUAAGAAAUAUGCCCUUCUGAUCUUUACUUCUUAGUCACAUGACCUGUAUCUUUUGCUUAUCAGUAGUUGAGUUUUAUGUUAACCUUUAAGAGAGGUGUUUUGUUUUGUUUUUUUCCCUCCAAGGGGAAUGUAAAGGUAUUUUUAAAAAUUCUAAUAAGAGGAUCGAGAAUCUGUCUCCAAGGCAAAGAGUGCACUUUACUUCCAUUUUUUUCCUCCUUCUCUCCCCUUCCCUGGAGAGGCAGCUCUUUAAGAAAACAACUCAGCAGUCCAGUGAGGCUGCCUGGUCUCCAGGGCCACCUGGGGAGGGAACCUGCAGAAGACCUUUUCCAACACCCCCUCCAGCAUGCCCCUGGCCAACCAGAGACCCUAGGGGCCUUCACCGUCAGUGGUCAGAAAUAAAGAAGCCUGCUCCCCCAAGACUAAGGCUAAACUUCAGAGGCUUCACUUGCUGUGAAGGAGAUGCCCACCCAGCAAAGAUAUAAGAGCCUCCCUUCCAGAAGGAACCAGACGCCAUUUUGGUUAAAGGGAAUGUCUCACACAGCUUAUAUUUCUCACGAGGGUAACACAGAGAAGUCUGCUCUCAGCUAUGCAGUUUUAAAGUUAAUCUCUCUCGCGCUGUCUCUCUCUCUGUUUUUUAAAAAUGCAUUUCUAAUCUUACACUUAAAAUGGCCUCCAACUCACACAAGUUGUUUCUGCAGAUUUUUACCCUGUUCUUCUAUGAAUGUUACCCAGGCGAGGAGAGGGAAGUGGCCUUGGAAAAGAGUCCAUUUAUCUGGGGUGGUAAGGAGAGGUGACCUGCCAGGCAAGCAGGACACUGGCCAGCGCGGUGAUGGCCAGCCAGCACUCGCAGCCCUCCCUCUGACCGGGGCAGUCUGAAAACCAAAGACCCGUAGUGGUGGUGUCACCAAAGGUGCCAGUUGCCUGGGAUUUAAGAACUUCUUGGGAAGUAGAACUUUCAUUGCUAAAACUGGCAAUGUCCCAGGCAAAGCGGGCAGUGUUGUUUACCCAUGUGAUGCAUAGGUGUGCAGGGUAGAGCACGGCGUGAAACCCAGGGCAAACCACUUCCCAAGGGGCCUUUGAGGAGGCUCUCUUGCAGAGGCUUGCAGGUGGCUCCAAAUGCUAGGUUUGCAAAAGCCCUCCCUUGACCCCCUGCCCACCAUAAUACCAUGAGUCUGCAUUUCACACCGUCAGCCUCAAGCUUGCCAUGAGUCCCUGUAGGUCUGCCUGAUGGCCCAACGACUCUACUGGCUGUGGUCCUCCUGCCCUUCUCCUAUAGCUAGCCACAUUCAGCAGGUCCUGUUGGUCAAGCCAUCUUGUGGUCAAGCCACACCUAUGCCUGUGUCCAGGCCAAAUGUUUAGUGAUAGCCACGCCACCCCCCCCACACACACACACACAUACACACCAUGUUUCUAGGCUCAGCAGCUCCAUUCUGCCUCCAUUAGUAUGGCAGUGCAGGUACGUAUAAGAGCAGACAGGAAGACAGACAGCUGGUCUACCCUGUUCCCAACAUGCAUCAUAUGCACCCAGCCCCUUGGCAGGAAUCCCACUUGGCAUCUGCCACGCAUGCAUCCAGAGCGAAAAUCAGGCUGUCGCUCUUCACGAUUAAUUAAAAAAAACUAAAAAAGUCUAUAAAAUGACCACAGACCGAGUUGAGAAGCAGGUAUUGUGUGAGUUGGAUAAGUGUCAAUGCCAUGCCCGCAGAAGGAAAAUGGCAUGAAUAUUACAGAGUAUCAGAAAACUGUGGUCUCUCUCCAGGGGCUUUAUUAGGGUGUUGCUUACGAACAAGUAUAAUGGAACAUUCUUGUUUCUACAGUACAAGAAAACAAGGAACUAGAUGUAACGGGGUGAUAAUGUGCCCAAAUCUGGUACCUGUGAUGUGUGCCUGACUGGCAAUCAGUUCUUUGCACCUUGUACUAGGUGCAGUCAGUUGCAUUUGGAGGGCAACUUCUGAAGCCAAAUUCUCUCAUGGGUGAUUAGAUUAUUUCCUAGAGCUGAUAUUUGGGGUGUACCUUCUAUUCAAUUAGUUUGAAGGUAUGUCUCACCAAGAAGUGCAGAACAGGCAGGAGAUGAGGCCCUGUGGCCAGCGUCCUCUUUGUGGUUCAGAUGAGCCUGUGGCUGCACCUGGCCUGGAAUGCGUCAACAACGCAGUGUGAUGUGUAGGGACUGGUUUCAGCUCAAAAGCCAACUCUGUUGAACUUGACAUCAGGCAAAUCCAUUCUGUCUCAGUGCCACUGGACUUAGGUUAUUUCCUAUCGUUUUAGGAAGAGAGGAAAAUAAACCCAGAAUGUGCCUUUUGUUAAGACCUGCCAAGCGGGGUGGCUAAAUCCCGGGACCCUCGCUGAUGUCAGAUCCCACCAGUCGUAGCUGAGCCUUUCAUACGUGCCCACAGCUUCCACUCGCUGUGGAAGCCAGCAUGUGGCCGAGGCUAACAGAUGGCCGCCAGCUCCAUCACAGGCUUCCUUUCAACCCCAGCUCCUCCCCCAACCAUUGGUCUCCUCAGCUUCUCAGAGCUAGUGGAUUAUUUUUUUUCAUUUGAAUAUGCCAUUUUGAACUAUCCUUGAGUGGUCUUUCUUUCAGCUGCCCUGUCUGUCCCUCCUCCUCUUCCCCGCUUUUCAUCUCAUCAGUGAGGCAAUAGGCAAAGCCAUCACUGGUCUGAAAUGAGCAGUGAGUGCUCGCCCACACGGGGCCCCCACAUGACCAGCUGCUUUUUGCUCUUAAGCAGGGUACCCUGGGGUCUGGACUGCUCACUGCUUUCCCUCCGUGAGUACACUGCAGCCUGGGGUAUUGGGUUGGGAUGGGGUAAAGGCAGCUGGAUCUGAGAGGGCAGGGAAUGCCUACGGGGAGCACACAGGGCCACAGAAAGCCCUUGGGAAAAGAAGAAGGUGCCCAGAUAGAUUGACAACUAGUCCAGGACAGCGCAUGGCCAUUGUGGCAGCAGGGCUUACCAUCUCCUACUGCCUCUGACCCCGUAAGAGAACAGCAGGAUAAUGUUCCCCUUCAUGUCUCCUUUUUAAAGAAAAGAGCCGUGUAGAAAGCAUACCAAAAAACAAAUGAACAAACAAACAAACAAAAAACCAAAAAGCAUGUGUGGCUUAGUGUUGUUGACUAUGGCGAUGAUUCUGGUCACUUCUAAAAUCCCACCUCACAAGCAGGGAGCAGUUUCAUAUCCCCACACAAGAGCUUAUCUCCUUUGAGAGGGUCCCACUCUCCAACUAGCUGUCAGCACAAUGUCCAAGGAACUCAGUAGUCCACCGUGGGGCAAAGCAAGAUGGCUUUGGCUCAAUGGGCAAGACUCUGGCACUUAGGAAGCAUUGGCCGUCUGAUGGCAGGGACUUGGCAUAUGACCCUCAGACUCAUUUACCUGCCCGGCACUGACCUCAUCCUGUUCAUUUACCUACCUUGGUGUCCAGCCUAUCCUGGAUGGGUUGUGGGUGGGAGAGGGGAACUCCCCUUUAGAACAAAGGUCAAGAACACCAGGGACAAAGGGGAGGGAGCACAACUGACCCCUCCUGAAAGGGGGUUGACCCUCUCUCUCUCGAGGAGUGACAGCUUCAUCUGAUUUACCCAUUGGGAUUUGACAUUCUAUGAGUAAUUUUCAACAGAAAGAAAAGGCCAUAUCCAGUGGGGAUGACUCAGCAUGUUAAGGCUCUGGCCCCCAGGGCUCUGCGGCCCACCCAGAGCUUUAGGUAGGGUUGCUUCCUUGCACCGGAGAAGCCGGGCAGGAACCAUGGCCCCAGGGCUGGAGACAGGAGAGCUAGGGUGACUGCCUCUGUGUUACAGCCAGCAACACCCCCUCCUCUGUGUGACUCCCAGGGUUUCCUUUGGCUGUGCAAAAGGAAAGCAAGGGCCAGCAAAGGGCAGGUCCUCCCAUUUCAUAAGCAGAACUAAGAUGUACUCUUUCCCAGGGUCACACGCUCACUUCUGGCAAAUGAAACGAAGGCCCUCUGAUUCAACCGAUGCACGAAACCUUUGCAUGUUCUUCUGAACCAGUACUAUUCCGCGUUCUGUCCCCCCUCCCUCGGCAGAGUUUGCCUUUUCCUUAAACACAUUCCAGACCAAACACUGUUCAGUUUGUUUCAAAAAAAAAAGAAAAAGUGUAUACCUGUAUGGAACCCACCAUUUUUUGUGGGGAGGGGGCACCCGGCUGCAAACGUACCUGACAUUUGCACACAAGGGUUCCAACCCUUUGGUUUUCAGAGUUGAAAAUGUCGAGAUAGCAAAGGUGAAUUGGACAAAGUCCGAAAAGGGGGAGGGGGCUUAUUUCCUGAAGACCCCAAGAAAGCCUGCAGAUGAGCUAGCCUGAAGAGCUCUCCCGUGGACGGCGGGCAGGGAGGAGAAGGAGGAAGACAGAAGCCCAGGCCCCCUUCUGCCCCUACCGUCCUUGUGGCCCCAAGUGCAUCACGGUCCGCAGCCUGGGCCAGGGCGCAAGAGCCCGGCCCCACUGUGAAGUCGGCCCCGCAUGCCGGCCAAGGCCCGGCCCGCCGCCUGCUCCGUGCUGACCCCGACCCGAAGGAGCAGCAGCCCUUCCAGGCCGGCCUUGCCCACCACCUGCGGCUGCGGCUGCAGCGGCUCGGCUUUUGGCUCCGGGGUGGGGGGGUGGGGGGCUCCGCUUCUGCAAACCCAAAGGCUGUGCAUUCAGCAGCCAAGCCCGCUGCAUGUGGCUGCCAGGUCUGGUUUCGUGGACAAAGUGUGGAAUGGCUUCUCGGUGUCUGUAUCUUUCUACACCAAAGGGACAAACUGUUCCGUUCACCCUUUGUACUAAUGCUGCUUCUGCAUUUGCCAGAUCUACUUUUAACCUUUUGGUCCCCAGGGAACUUCUCAUACAGUGAUUAUGUCUUCUGAUUAUUUACUGAAUUAUUUUACUUAGAGGUGAUUUUAUUUUCUUAUGGACAGGAAAAAAAAAAAGAGGAGUGUGUGAGGCUUCGGUCAUAGAGAUGAGUCACCACCAGGGACCCCAAAGCCCUAAACACUAAGUAAAUUACUCCUCAAAGGGAAACCUUCAUCUGGACAGACUGAGAUUGUCAGGCCGUCCUGCCAGCCUUGCACUUGACAGGCAGGGGACGGGGCAGGGCGGGCAGCCGGGCUUUGCAGAGAGAGAAGGAAGGAACUGGAGCGCAUCGCUUGUUUGGACAUUGGUCAUACACACAGAGGCCUGUCCCCUCCUUCCGGGGCCCUGGCAUCAGAGUCAUGACAUGCCAUCCAAUGACAGCAGAGAGACUACAGCAUCUUUGUUUCAAAAGACGGGUGGCUUGUUUCAGAGAACAUUUAGCUGAGUGCCACAUUCAAGUUGGACAACAUAAAAGACACGUUCCGUCCAGAAUAAAAUUUGGAACAAUUUCUAAAUUGGCUGUAGUCAACUACACAUAAUGUCACUGCCCUUCUCGGAGCCCUCCCACCAGCGAGCGAGCAUGUUUUCCAAAAGCUUACAGCGACGAAUCCAGGAAUGUCCCUGCGUCUAUUAUUAUGAGGCUUGUGAUUGGUUCAAUUUUUCCAUAAAAAACACGUUCGUCCCAAAGAAGGGAAACUGUGCAUUUAUUCCAUGCAUGUAACACUCUGCAAGAAGUUUAACCCACCUAGGUUUGCGGCACUGCAAAAUUGUUCAUGGGCCUAUGUAGCAAAUGAUUCUCUGCCUUGACAAUCAUGUACACAUAUCAAGAUUUCUAUCAUAAUGAUAACGAGAUUGAUGACUUCUUGUUUUCCUCCAAUAAAGACAAUUAAUCACCUUCA